UGUGGUGUUAAUUAUUUUAGAUUUUUUGUUCUUUAAAUUAAGUUUUUCUUCCUUUCAUUCUUAUUGUUACAAAUUCUCCAUCAAAAUUACUAUUGGAAUUUUCAUCUUUACUUUUCUAUUCUCAUCUUUCAUCAUAAUCUUGUUUGAGAUUUUAUCUCACUUUAUUUGUCAUCAUCAUCUCUCUCUCUCUCUUUCUUUCAUCCUCUUUUUAUUUCUCUUUCUCUGUUGUUUACUUUCAUUAUCACCCAAGCUGCAAAACAUUAGCUAAUAACUGAAUUUAAAUUGUACUCCCCUUUACCUUCCCGGUUGAUUAGCCAUCAGUAUUUACCUGGAUACAUUGUACAAAACAUUGAUAAUUAUGUUCCACUUAUUGUGGAAUUACUUACCUUCAGCUUAAUUAAUUACUCUGUGAUUUAUUUAAUUGAUCAAAUUUAUUUUCUUCACCUUCUAUUGUUUCUUUCUCUCUGAUUGUGUUACAAUUAGUUGUUAUUAUUUUUCUCCUCUUUAUCAUCACCAUCGUUAUCAAAACAAUUACUAAUAUUUCACCACAAUUAUCAUCAUAAAUUAUAACAAUUCAUUCCCCAAUUAUCUAUUGUUGAUUACCCUUUCCGAUUCUAUUCCUCAUCUCUCUCUCUCUCUUGUUAACAAAACACUUUAAUCUCACUAAUUUGAUUGUCUUCAUCAUCCAUCAAUCGAUCAGAAAAUGACAGCUGAGAUACGACCUUUCCCUGGAAGUGCUUCAUCCAACAAGCGACUUGAAUUGGUAGCCAAACUUGAAGGACAUCAAGAUGUCGUUAAUUUUGCUAUUCUGCUUAAAAAUGAAGAAGGUGUGAUCAGCACUGGUGAAGAUAAAAGUGUCAUGAUUUGGCUCAAACGAGAUGCUGGACAUUACUGGCCAAGUGUUUGUCAUCGAAUGCCAGCUGCUGGAACCAUAAUGAACUUUAACCAUGAAACCAAAAGGCUUUUCGUUGGAAUGGAAAAUGGUUCCAUCUCUGAAUUCCUGGUAGCAGAUGAUUAUAACCGAAUAACACAUAAAAGAAAUUAUAUCGCUCAUAAUGAGCGUGUUACUGGACUUAUAUUCACCGUAUUCCAUGAAUGGGUGUUAAGUGUAUCUAAAGACAAAUAUUUUUGUUGGCAUUGUUCAGAAACAGGGAAUAGAAUUGGUGGAUUUCAGUUCAAUUCUUCGUGCACAGCACUACAAUUCGAUGUACAGUCAAAACACACUUUUAUCGGUGAUCAUACUGGCCAAAUUACUAUGCUUAAAUUGGAGGAAAAUAGUUAUAAACCAAUAACAACAUUGAAAGGUCAUAGUGAUGCCAUUCGGUGCCUUGCCUGGGAUCCAGAAAAGCAAAUGCUAUUUUCUGGAAGCUAUGAUAAGGUUAUCAUUUGCUGGGAUAUUGGUGGUAAAAGAGGAACAGCUUAUGAACUUCAAGGACACUACGGUAAAAUAACCUCCCUGUGUUUUGCCAAUCAAGCCAAACUUUUGAUUUCUUCAAGUGAAGACUCUAAAGUUGUUUUCUGGAGGAUGGACAUUAAAAGACGAGAGACUCCUGAUUGGUUAGAAAGCGAUUAUUGUCAACGUUGUUCCCGACCAUUUUUCUGGAAUAUAAAAGCGAUGUUGGACCAAAAGACUAUCGGCUUACGGCAGCAUCAUUGUCGUCGCUGUGGUAAAGCGGUUUGUGAUUCUUGUAGUAGCAAUAGAAGUAAUAUUCCUAUCAUGGGGUUCGAGUUUCGAGUAAGAAUCUGCGAUGAAUGUCAAAGUUGUAUCGCAGAUGAAGAUUUACAAUCGUUGGCAACUUCUUAUGAUACUAAACACUCAAUGAUGCACACGGAUCUGGAUGAGUCUCGUUCACUUUUAAUGACCUCCGGUACCGAUAGAGUUAUUAAGAUAUGGGAUAUUAGUAAUCUAACUACUAGUCCAUCUCAAUGAUUUUGAGGCCUUGACCACCAUCUAUAGAUGAAUGUUUAUUACUAUUACUAUUAUUAUGAUUAUAAUUAUUACAAUUGGUUAUUAUCAUUAAUUAAAAUGAAACAUAUAAACAAUUGGAGUAUAAAAUCAACACAAAAUGAAAGAGGAUUAAUUUCAAACAAAGGAAAGAGAAACGUUCCAAGAAGCAAAAGAAGAGCAAAAUUCAUGAAGAAAUAUCUUCCAUCAUGAAGAUGAUAAAGAAGAUGACAAUUAACAAUUGGUCUUUAAUAUUAAUUUUGAUCUUUAAUUGUUUCCAAUCGAUUGUCAAUUGAGAUUCUUUCAAACUCUUUGUAUUAUGUUAACAAUCAACUUAAAUUUUUCUCACACAAAAAAAUCAAAUGGACCAAUAAUUAACUUUUAAUCUGUUAAAUCAAAUGUCUCUUGGAAACAAUCAACAACAAUUAACACCAAUAUCUUGUAUCGAUUAUAAUAAAUAUUUGAUAAUCAAUUAUAAUCGAUAAA